AUGUAUCCAUUUACACCAACUUCCUGUACAACAGAGGCGAUGAGCUGGACCAGGUCUCGUUCUCCAUUGGCACUAAUGGUUGCCACAUUCUCUAGCAUAGUCAUGUCCUUCACAGGACGCCGUUGCUUUUGUAGGCUUUUGAGAAUGACCUCAAAAGCGAAGCCAAUGCCAUGCUUGAGAUCCAUGGGGUUGGCGCCUGUGGCCACACUCUUGUGGCCCUCCGCGAAAAUACUCCAAACCAGAAUAGUCGCCGUGGUGGUGCUGUCACCUGCAACGUCAUUUGUCUUGACAGCCACCUGCCGAAUUAAGCGGGCGCCGACGUCCUCGAACUAG